UUAAAAGAUGACUGUCGUGCGGUACUACGUUUUGGAUGAGCCGACUAACCGAGUGGACUAGAUCGUACCGUGUCCAAUGCUACUUUUUCAACUGUAUUCAGUUUUGCUCAAAAUAUCAGAUCAGGACAAACUUUUUUUGAUAAGCCUCUGUGUUAGCUCAGCGUUAAAUGAUUGGAGAUCUAAUACCCCGCCCCUGAAAGUCUAAAUUGUUCUCGACUAGCUUGUUAUGGCCAGAAUCGAUGGAUACGACAACUUCUCGGGCCAAUCGUUGCCAGAGCAAGCAGCCUCAGGUGACAAUGAAAUCGCUUUCAAUGCGGUGGAAGAUGUAGACAACGACGCAGCGCGUUUAUGUGCCGCCCUCGACCCCCCAGAUAAUCGCGUAGAGACUAGCGCUGUCAUUUCUUUUCAAAUUAUUUAUAUGGUGGGCUUGCUUGUGUUAUCAUUUGUGCUCCCCUACGUACCGCAUCUUCCCAUGGCUGUAUACUCCCUCAUUGUCUAUCUUCACUGUGUUGUGUGGGCGCUUUCAUACAUUCUAGACGCUUACCUCCGCAAACAGCACACGCUCCUAUCGUGUUAUGGAUUCAUUGACUUUUAUCAGAAAUCGAAAAAUCUGCGGAGAAUUACUCUUAACCUAAUGAGCUCAGGUACAAUUAUGAUGCUUAUCGUGAGCGUGUUGAUCGCAGAUUACUGCGUGGAUCGUCUUCGAUGCCCUCCCAACAUAGCAUCGUAUAUCUACCUGCAGGCAAUCAUCACUUUGGAAACAAUAAUCAUCGUUCCUGUACUCAUGUACUAUUUAAAAUUAAGUUGCGAGUUUCACCGUAACAAACUUCAACCGGAAAUUGAACCUCAAGAUUUCAUCACGAGCAUUCUACAAGCACAAACUAGCGCGGAAAUUGGAUAUCGGGACAACGGACCUCUGGAAGACAUUGUGGAGAAACAAUCAGACAUGAUUCGUUACCUCAAAAAAUACAACACAUUCCUCAAGCGCAAGGUUUUACGACUCAGUCAGGAGCUAGAAAUAGCAAGGGAAGAAUCUCUCCUAAAUGUGUAAACAUCCAUACAAGAAUGCACCCAGGUAGAGGCCAAUCUAGACAUUCAGAGCGCUGGCAAAAUUAUGCAUACACAACUGAUCUUUACGAGAAAGUUGCAAAGCACCACUAUAAAGAUCGACGAAGUGUGACAAUAGAAACAACGACACGUGUUCUUUGGUCAAUACGAUCAAUGUCGACACUGAAAACGAAACCCAUUAUUCAGUGUCCUUUAAGCUACAGUUUGCUCUGUACACGAUAUAUGUUAUAAGAUAUAUUAGCCGCAAGCAUCUAUCUGGCAUCCGAAUGAAAGCAGUUAGGUUUUGGACAAGAUACAUUCAACACGUGUAGUGUUUAUUUAAUAAAAAAUUACACUAUA